GAACGCCAGAAGCAGUAAACAUGGCGCGCCUACUACCACGGCGCAAGCUAGCUCCUGUGACCUACAAUCUCAGACGCCGUACCCAUCACGAUGUGGCAGCGGUCCGCGAGACGCUCACGCGGGAUCUGUCUGGAAAUAGCAAUGUUCACCACGCUUCACAACCGCCAUCCAGCGCCGCAGGCCAUCAGCCGUCUAACCAUAGUGCCAAGACCCUGAACAUGCAUGACGGAGUGGACAGCAUACCUGCUAGGAAUGUUCCUGACAUACCGCGCGAAAAGUGGUAUCGGCGCAGAGCCUCCUCUGAUCGGUCGAAUCACAUGUCAAGCCCUGACAUCCGCAGAUGUACUGAGGAAAAGCGGAAAGCGAGUGAAGCCGAGAAAACAGACCGCAGACGGAGCGGCCGGCUACUGGCUAUCGGGCGCUCUGGAAAGCUGAAUGAAGCGGUACAACCUACUGCCGACACGGUCGAUGUCCAGUCGACGCAUACUAAAAGGUCCAGCUCCUUUACAAAACGCCGCAAUACAUUCACUUCACCCACAGCCUCCUGCCCCAAGCCGAAGAGACUUCUGAACACUUCUAGCAAUGCCUCUGCAACUCUGCACCACAAAAUCCGCGAGGCAAAGCUAAAGGCUUGGACCAGGAUCUACAAGAAUCGCCUGGUCGGCGACGCCAAAAGAUACUGGAAAAAGCCAAAGAUCGAGACGUCGCUAUGCAUCUGUACUGUACCUGUGCCCGGAUCUCCAGAGCCCGGGUGCGGUGAACAUUGUCUGAAUCGCGUCAUGGAUUAUGAAUGCGAUCUAGAUAACUGCGGCCUUGGAGACUUAUGUACGAAUCGCGACUUCUCAGGGCUUGCGAUUCGUUUGGCACGCACAAAGAGCACCGAUCAGAGGUCGAAAUGUGAUCCGUCCAGUAUCGGCGUCGAGCUGUUCAAGACUCGAGACCGAGGCUUUGGUGUUCGCGCUUGCACCCAAUUCGAGCCGCACCAGAUCAUCGUCGAACACACUGGAGAGAUUAUCACACCCAGUGAGGCUGGUAGAAGAAUGAAAGAGGAUUACAAGGAUAAGGCCGUGAGACUCGAUAUCGAGUUGACUUACGACUACAACUUCAAUCCUUACUCCACUAAGAAUGUCCAGGAGUGCCGUUGCGGUGCAAGCAACUGCCGAGGGAUCCUAGGCCCGAGACUUAGACAUACUAAGAAGCCGGUAGACAAGACAGAAAAGGGACGACGCAAGGUUGGCGGACCAGCAAGCACUGCUCUUGCAGCUAAAGUGGUUAAGGAGCUUUCUAAGAAGCGCAGGGUUUCACCAAUGCCCAAGGGUUGGGUGUAUGUUGAUGAAGGUAUGGAGAAGAUAAGGAUCGAAGAAGCGCGCAAGGACAAUGAAAUCGCCUGGUUGCAGAAGGAAGGUGUUCCGCCUGCAACCUUCCGAAGCAAGCAACGCAAAACUAGGACUUGCUCAUCCGGGGGCAAAGGAAAAGCCGUACGACUGGUUCAAACAUCCAACAUC